GGCACAACCCAUCCGAAGUACAUCACUGAAUUGCUGACCGGGAUACUCCGUGGACUAGGAGAGCCUGCCGACAUUCCUCGCAUCCAGAAGAGGACAUCGGACGAUGUUUUGCAGCGUGCGGAUGAUAUUGUCCCAUGGAGGCGCAGCUCCCUCUGGCUUGUUGUUCGUGUUGCCUUGCAAACUACGAUUCACCGAGGCACUUCGAACAUGAACGAAUACAAGUCUUUUAUGAUACUCCUUCUGGCCGAGAUUCUGCGGAGCGGUGUUGAGAACCGCUUACCGGGACAUAUCCUCUAUUGCAUGCGUGCCAAACUCAGCCGCCGACUCUUUAAAAUCCGAUCAUGGGCAGCUCCGUCUCUGGUCACACUUGCCCACGAGGUUGCGCUUGAUACUGAAGAACUGCUCCAAGAUCGAUGGAAGAGCAUUCAGGAUGCGCACGUGCGGGAAGCCAAGUGGGCACCAAACGAGCUAGAUGUUAUUGGGGACACUAGCCUCAACUUGAAAAAUUGCAGGUCUUACAUCUGUGCCGCUCUCGUCCCGGGGAUUCCCGCCAAUCCUAAUGCUGCAUUCCAAUCACAUCAUCCACGAUCAUUCAAUCAUCUCUUUGACGAUGAACCUGAGCGGUUUUCGGCAGCAGUAAAAGCCAAUGGAUUUGUUGCGCUUUGCGAUUUUGAAUGUUGCGUAAAAAAUCGCAUUGACGAAUGGGUAUCUCAGCAAAUCUCCGACCAGAACUACGAAAGUGCUUGUGACUUAAUUUCUCAUUACAUGACGACAUACGCCAAAGAAGCCGGGGAUCUGUACCAAAGGGCGCCAGCGGAACAGUCCAUUAUGCUCCUCACGCUUUUUGAGUUAUGGAUGGCACUCGACAUUUUGGCGGUAGCUAGCUGUCCCCUCUUGAAGGAUUAUUCGCCUGAAGUUCCACCGACUCUAUAUGAGGGCCUCCUGCUUUCGAAAGCUGAGCCGUUGGCACGCAUCUCGAGGAUCCAGGCGUACCUGCGCAAGCGCUAUUACGAAGCUGGCAGUAACCCUCGGUCGGUCUUCUCAGAAGUUGUUGACGCGGAAACCUUCGCAGUCAGAUUUUUCGAUUCGUCCCCGUCGCUCCAGGAUCUUCAGCGCACCAUAGAGCAGCAAGCGAUGACGAGUCAAAAACUUCGCGAGCUUCAUUUGCUGAAACUUGAAUAUAGGGGAAUAAUGAAACGAGCAGGCUCUCACACUGUGAAUCGCAUGAGGUCCAGGCACAAUCCGGAAUCUUGCGAAGAAUGCUGUUUCAAAUGGCGGGCAAGAGCCCUGAGGACAGUUAUUCGCGAAUGGCCUCUUCCACAAAAACCAGUCCGAGCCAAAUUCUUUGUGUUUGAACGAGCAGUUCCUAGCGUUUUCAAAACUUGGAGGGAGACGACUUAUUGGCUUCUCCGUGACAUCUGUAUGUCGAAGGAAGGAAGGACACUUGCGAUGGGCGAAUCGUAUAUCCGCUCAGACUCAUGGGAGUCCUCCUCGGGUAAGGAACGUCGCGUCCCAAAUUCUCAACAACGAAUAUCGUUAGCACCGGAGGUGGAAAUCCCAGACAAGGAAGGCGGUGUCUCCCGAACGUACACAGCUUCCUGUCGGCUGUGGGACAACAACCAUCGCAGAUGGAUAUAUCCUCCAUCUGGUUAUUGCGAUCUGAGUCACAGAACGUCCAUGCGGAUACCGGAAAAGUCUCCAUAUGCUUCCUUGGGACGCUUUGCGUUUGGAACAUCCCACACUUCGAACGAAGUUCUUGCGAGUCAACAUAAAUGUCCCUCUUCGCUUAGCCUACGCAGUUUCGUCGCCUUCGGUUCGUUGCGCGCUGGAGCCCGGUUGCAAUGGUGCAAUAUUGCCCGAGAGAUUCCCUCCGGAAAUUUAAGUUUUCAGUGCGAGGAGGUGUAUGACCUCAUCUCUCAGGCCGUGUGCCAAGUCGGAUGCCUUUCCGGUGAUGGUAUUUGGGAAUGUCACCAGGUUUUACAAGAGGUACCAUUCGGUAACAUGUUGUUGGACGUCCUUGAACAGCUGGGGACGGAUAUAGAGGGGAACUGGCGCCAGGGUAUUACAGCACUGACUAUCACUACACUAGCUUCUCGACUGCCGGUCUCGGCUGUGGCACAGCCAAUCACCAAUAGAACGUACAAACUACUCCAGAAGAUACGAGACACCACUUUGCGCUGGUUGCACGAACUUCUGGCACUUCAAUCACACGCUGAAACCGAAACUGAACGGGGGAGAUAUCGGCGAGCAAUAUGUCAAAUAGCUGCGGUUUGUAGGAGCUCAUUUGAUGUCGAUGCGUGCCAUGCUGGCGAACUCCUUCGAACUCCGGAAGACGUUGCCAUAUUCAUUGAAUGUGCUAUCAUCCUUUGUAGCCACUCUCCCCAAGAAACCCUUACUAAGGCAGACCCUCAUUUGCACCAGUUGCUUCUCCGAGACAAGCGCCUGUCCUGCAGGAUGGAAGAACUUCUUGUUACUCGCAUCCAGGAAGGGGGGACCAUAUUAGGUAUUAACGGGGCAAUAUCAGCUGUUUGGAAUGGUAUCGAUCCAACAUGUAGCUGGACAAGGCGACCAAGACCUAACGACUGUUGGUUGACCACUGCCGUAGAUGGUCAAAGGACACAAAACGUUCAUUUCAACGUAUUAAGUGGCGCUUUGCUCAUUGAUGGAAAACCACCUGGUUGGUUGCCAUCUGACAUUCGUGGGCAUUCGAUAUACAAAGAACUCUUUGGUGCAAGAAGCCCGGAAGUUGUUUCAUCGGAUAUGGAAGACAUGGACUAUGUUAGCAAGGCUCACAUGUUCUACGAGUCUCAGCUCGAAACCAAGGAUACUGAUGAGACAAUUCACUUUGGGUGGCGAGAUGGAAGGCUCAUUGUACGAAGCAGAUCCCUUGCGCUUGAUGGGAAAAGCUGUCGGAUCUUGGAAUUGUUACCACGUGAAAUCUUUGAAGGGGAUCUGCCAUCCAUCCUAGUCAAGGAAUAUUUUCACUGGAUGGAGAAAUCCACUUGUCAGAUUGAGCUGCGGCCCAAGAACGCACCCUGGACAUCCUCCCGAUCGAACUGGCACCUCCGUCGUACUGCAUGCUCCACAUGGGUCAUGGAUAAAGGGUCAUCUGUCAGACUAGUUGACUGCCAAAGCCGCACGGCCGAGAUGAUUCAUGCUAUCCUUCGUCCACUUGAACCUGAAAGUAACAUUCUUAUCACAAUGGCAAGGUCGUCGAUGCAAGAAUUGCGCAUCGAUAUUCCCCGGCUCCAGCUCUCCUUCACCCUGAAAGGCGGAAGGCUGCAUUCAUUAAACUUUCCGGGUUUCGAAGUAGAUAGUAGUAAUCAAUCAACAGGCACAAUGCUAGGCCUCCGCAGUCAGUUGGUUUUGCGCCGCAGCGGAGAUCUCGCUCCUGGCGUGGAGCUUAAUUAUUCGAGGCGGGUCAUAAUCCCGACGGGGGAUGUGUCUAUCGCAAGUGACGGUGACCACGUCGCUGUGACGAUUGAUAACUCGGAACCGUUAUGCGUCAAAUAUUGUGAUUAUGACGUUGAUGUCUUACUGGGCCGUCUGGUUGGAGAUGGAAGUUUGCCCAGCGCAUUAUUCCAGUCACUUCUUCAUGCCAUUACUAGUUACUGCUUGCCCGAUCCUCUCACGUCAUUGUCAGGAGUCGAGGAAGCGAUCCAAAUCCUUCAAUCAGCGCGUUGCAAAUCGUUCCAAAGUCUUGGUGACUGGGAGUGGCAGCUUCUGCGUCGGUUAUCGGCGUUAACACCAUCAAGAAUUCGGGAACGGCCCAAUGAACGGCGUCGGGAACGGCGUCGGUCACCGUAUCAGCAACGGGAACGCGAACGGGAACGCGAACGGGAAUGGAAUCGGACACAGCAUUUGAGAAAGCUUUGGAACGAUGGUAUUGGAGAAGUCGUUUGGAAUGAAGCACUCAAUCCGCUUGUUCAACACGGUGCCUUUUGGGAUGAGACCCGAUCUAUUUUCAAAUGGGAUAACGAAAUGGAUAUCUUUGAUCCUUCCAUAGGUUUCAGAGAAUCGGAAAGUGAUCGGAUAGAAUUACACCUGCUUUCCCGUGCUAGAUGUCACAAUGCAGUCUGGUACGGCCCUGAUCUUCCAUGGGGCAUGCGGGGUGUAGACAUGAUAUACGAAUCUAGGGACGCUGACGAUGGGUUCAAUACCACCCGUAUUCGUGCUGCAUCCAAUGUCUCUAGUUUGGUGUUCCAUUGUCCUCGUCGGCUAAAGACCCCCAAAGAUCUUCUGUCUCAUAUGGAAUCAUGGACGGACGACAUCAGAGGUUCUUCCCCCAAUCACUUGUCGGAUGAAUGGCUGUCCCUGAGCAUGCCACGCAAAUGGAUUCCUUUGUACAAUGCCUGUCGAACGGAGGGUUGGGGAAACCAUACUCGUUUCAAACUGUUGUUUAGUCUUUCGGCACUGGGCCACUCUAAUCCUUCACUUGAGAACUUGGUCCCUGCUCUACUUGCAUUCACAUGCUUCCCCGAGUUCCGUUCCAUUGAUCCACCGUUGUGGCCUGAAUACGAUUUGCACAUGGGCUACAAACCAAAUGCACCCCAACUCUAUGACAUCAUUACGGCACCGAUCCGUCCAGGCAAAUUGAGUCGCCGAGCAUCUUCUCAAGUUUCUUUUCUUGUCAAAGAAUUAAUCGCUCAAUGGGAUCAUGAACCUACAGGAGCGCCAACAUUACCAAGUCUGCCGGAUGGCGAUGUGUGGCUGAUCAACACCUCUGACGCCAUGACUGAGGUAACUAGGUGGUUUGAGUCCUGGUUUAGAAACCGGGAUUUACUCCAGCACAUUCAAGCAAUCCAGACGGUAUUGGACAAACACCGGACUUUGACUUCAGAUGCUCCGGUUCUACCAAUAUAUUCCUUCCGGACUUCCUUGCAACUUGCAGAAAAAUACGGUGCUGAUCUCGAGGCUAGCCGCAAUGCAUUGCACAACAUACAAAUCAGCCCGGAGCGGGUGGAAUCCCUCCAAGAAGAGCUUUAUCAUGAUCACCAGAUGUACCAAUCUCAUCUCUCUCAUGUGUUAGGGCAAAUCCGACGGGUACUCAAUCCAGACCCUCAGUCCGAGCGAGUACAGGAGGUUGUGCGGGUUGCAGGACUAUGGCCGAAAAGCACCACUCGUUCUUUACUGCACCACCUAUCAUUCUCAUCCCGUUCAACAGUAAACAUAUCCCCCGAAUGGAAGAAUGUCCUCGUUUGCCUCGCCCAAUUAGGACCCAAAACUGACGAAUUUCUGAAGGAAUGUUCGAGUUAUCCUGAUCUGCAUGACAUUUCUGACGACUGGCUGCUCGUCCAGAUUGACUCCAACUUUCUUGCGCGCCCUCUUCAAGUUGAUGUUGCGUGUAACAUGAUGUUUCCUCGCUCACAAGGCAAUACCAUCCUUCAACUCAAUAUGGGGGAGGGAAAAUCGUCCGUCAUUGUUCCCCUUAUUGCCGUAUCUUUAGCAGAUGGACAAAAACUAGUCAGAAUCAUCGUGCCAAAGCCCUUAGCAAAUCAAACAUUCCAGUCACUGGUUCAACGCUUGAGCGGCUUAGCGAAUCGGCGAAUAUAUUGCAUGCCGUUUUCCCGUGCUAUCGCAGUGAAGCCGGAUGCUUUUCAAACGAUCUACCAUCAGUGCAUGAAUGUUGGUGGCAUACUGGUUAUGCAGCCUGAACACGUCCUAUCGUUCAAACUCACGGGCAUUGAACGACAGCUCUCAUCGGCUAGGCGCAAGGGAACUCCGACUCCAAAUGCAAUGCUGGAGCUACAGCGAUGGCUGGACGCAAGGAGUGACGAGAUUCUGGCGGUCAAGUGUCAACUUCAGCCCCUAGGUCCUCAGCCUCAUGUGUGCUCCAUCCUGCGUAGUAGGGGCGGGCUUCUUAAUCAGCUGGCUUCUCAAGGGGGUCUCGAGCUCGAGCAACGAGACGGAUACUUCCCUCGACUUCGCAUUCUCAGACAUGAAGCCGGCGUCCAAAUUUUGAAAUCUCUUUUACAAGGAAUAAUGCAAAGGGAGUCUCCUGAUCUACCUCCGUUCAGGCUAUUUCAUGGAGGGGUACUCCGAGAAGCAGAGGCUUUCAUCGCCCAAAGGGACGCUGGAACACUUCCUGAAUUGCGAAACCACUGUCGCAGUGACAACCAUCUAUGGAGCAUUCUGCUCCUGCUGAAAGGCCUUUUUGCGCAUGGGAUACUUAUGUACGUUCUAAGUGGACGUAGGUGGCGAGUAGACUAUGGGCUUGACCUAACGCGGUCACUUCUCGCCGUGCCCUAUCGUGCAAAGGAUGUGCCUGCACCGAGAGCAGAGUUCAGUCACCCGGACGUCUGCAUCUCGCUCACAUACCUCAGCUACUACUAUGGCGGAUUGUCUUACGAUCAGCUUGAUAUGUGCUUCAAGCAUAUCAGCGAAGUUGAAGACCCUGUAGCGGAAUAUCGCAAGUGGAUUAAGGACAAUUGCUUGGUGCCAGACUUUCUCCGCAAUUACAGUAGUUUCAACCCGGAUGACCGCGAACAAAAGAUCCAGCAUCCCUAUCCAGCUUUCGAAAGGAACCCACCGACGAUUAACUUCUUCCUCUGUCAGGUGGUUUUUCCGAAGGAAGCCAAGACAUUUCCUCAAAAACUUUCCACAUCCGGUUGGGACAUCGCCGAACGAAGGCAACACGUAACGACGGGUUUCAGUGGCACCAAUGACAACCGCUAUCUUCUCCCCACUUCUAUUCAACAGGAUGACAUCCCUGCGCAAUUGGGUACAAAUGCUAAGGUGUUGAAUUUGAUGCUGCAGCCUGAGAACGAUCACUACCAAAGCGUGGCCAGUAGCGAGUUUCUGGACGUCGUCGUCAGGGAAACACCCCAAAUCCGAGUUUUGUUGGAUGUGGGUGCCCAGAUGUUGGAAUUCUCCAAUAAGGAAUUGGCAUCGAUAUGGCUUUCGCAAGUCUUGGCA